UCUGUCCUUUUAAUUUGUAAUCAACACAAUGUAAGUUUAGUCUGUAUAGUUUCUGUGCUGUGUUGUAUUAUUUCUGUGCUGUGUUGUAUAGUUUCUGUGCUGUGUUGUAUUAUUUCUGUGCUGUGUUUUAUAGUUUCUGUGCUGUGUUGUAUAAUUUCUGUGCUGUGUUGUAUAGUUUCUGUGCUGUGUUGUAUAGUUUCUGUGCUUUGUUGUAUAGUUUCUGUGCUGUGUUGUAUAGUUUCUGUGCUGUGUUGUAUAGUUUCUGUGCUGUGUAACUGCCUAAUAUUGUUUAUAUUUUGA